GCGAUGAAACUGGGUCUCGGGGUUCCGAUGCUAAUGUUUGCGCCAGCAAUCAAAACCUGGGGAGCUCCAUUCACAGUAUACUAUCUAUUCCUUCAAAAGGGAGUUGUGUUUCAGCGGCUGGAGAGCAAAGCAAACAGCUCCUUUUCUUACAUGGGCGACACGACCAAUUACGCCAAUAGUACCGCAGAUCUACUGUUCGUCGCCAACCGAUACCAAGUAAAUUUUAUUGAGAAUGUACCAAUCGCCGUCUUGGUCCUCCUCCUUGAUGAACUAAAUGGAGCUGACCGGCAUGUUUCCUCAAAUGCUAUAGGCGCUCAUCUCGCAUUUCGCGUCUCCUACGUCGAGAUUGAGAUGAACAUGAAGGACAGGAUUGGUUUAGGAAGGCCUUUGGGAUACUACGGCACGCUAGCAACUACCGCUAGAGGAUUCCUGCAGAUUUCAGCUGACGCGGUGAGGAAUAUGGGCAAGUGA